GCUGUCCUUAGGCCUGGGUGCGCCUGGCUGAGGACCUCCUGCUGUCCUACGGGGCCUGGGCCCUGCACCUCUCCUGCCCUGUCUGCUCUGGGCACUCCUUCCCCUGCCAGAUGCCAAGCUCCAGAAGUCUCCACCUUGCUGUGAUACCUGGCCACAUGUGACCAGAGCCUGCCCUCUGCCCUGCUCUCUCCUCCCCUGUGACUGGCCUCGGGGUCCCAUGUGAGAACUCCUCACAGUCCCUCAGCCAGGCCACUGGCGCCCACUGUCUCUGGGAUCUGGUGGGUGGGCAGGGUGUGUGUUCCCUUCUUCCUCUCCAGGGCUUCCGGCACCAGCCUGGGGAAUUCUUGCUGGUGGCCUGACUGGUUGUCCAGGAAGCUACUUUCUGGCCUUCCCGGGGUGACCCAGUAUCUCUCUGAGCAGUGCACCUGUCACAGCCACCUCCCUCUCUUCAAGCUUGGGAACAGGUGCGACAGGCCCAGGGGGGUGGGGGAGGUGUCUCCCUCUAAAUGCUUGGCCCACCCUGGCCACCAACCUCACUUGUACCUGCUCUGCCCUGCUCCUUCGCUUCCCCAAGUCUCCUGUGGGUGCUCCAGACAAGGAGGCUUCUGGGAGCUGGGCAUCAGGCCCCCUCUCCCCCAGGCUGCCAGAGCCCCUAGCCCUGGUUGCCUGCCUGGGGCAUCCCCCAGAUGGCUGCUUGGGAGGUGGCAGAACAGACAGACUGAAGGUCACCGCUGUCCAGGUGUGCCAACAGUUUUACAGGCCGAGGGACUCAGGUGGGCCUGCAGCAGGCAGGCUGCAUCCAGCAUCUUGGUUGCCUCUCUGUGCCCCCGCCGGAGGCUGGGCCUGCAGGCACUCUCCACUGAGUGCUGGCAUGUCUUGCUUCAGAAUGAGGUCCUUAGGGCGAUGCCACCUGCUUGCUGGACCAGGGAGGGCCUUCUGGCUUCCCUCCCAUCUUGACUGUGCCUGGUGGGCUGGAUAGGCCCCUAAACAGGCUGGAGGGGCUGGGCUUCACUCUUGCACCCGCGGUCUCCUACCCCCGCCCCUCACGUUGCUUGUCCUUCGGAAGGCAAGGAUUGGCUCAGCCGAAGCCCACACGCUGUGCAGCCCUCACUCCUCCCUUCCUCCUUCCCGGCACCUAUGCUCCAGUCUCCUUAGAUAUUGUGGGUCAUUAUACCUGUGAAGCAGAUACUAUCUCCCCUUCCUAGUGAAAGUGGAGCCCGCAAGGCGGCUGGACCAACGCUUUCCCGCUCCUGAGCUCACUUGAGCGUCAUGAGGGGCAGCCGGGUCCCUGUGGCAGGGAGCCGCGCCCUGAGGACUAGUUGCCUUUGUGGAAGGUGCCCAAGCGUGAGGCUGGGUGUCGGACCCAGGUGGACCAGGCCCAGCUGCUGUGGCCUGACCCUGGUGGGGCUUGGAGGCAGGGCUGGGCAGAGGCCUCGGGCUUCUUCCUCGGGCCUGUGAUGACAUGUUCCUUCAGCUCAAGCCACGCUCAUCGGGAGCCAGCCCGCAGCCUGGGAGCCUGUUUUCCAGUCUGUAAACGCAGGGCGUGUGUCGCAGUGGCUGUGAGUGAGCGAGGGGGCGGCGGCGAGCCGGCUGCACAGGUCCUGCGGCCUCAGGCGGCCUUGUUGCCCAACAGGCGGUUGGGGGCGGGCCACAGCCGCUGAUUAAAGGCUGCCUGGAGCAGCCUGUGCGGAGACAGGUGCCCAGCAGCCCAGGAAGCCGGCCAGCGCCUGCCGCAGCUUUAGGCAUUGCUGUCCCUGUGAGAACAUCACGAUGUCCGAGGUGCCCCGGGCAGAGACCUUUGUCUUCCUGGACCUGGAAGCCACUGGGCUCCCCAGUGUGGACCCCGAGAUUGCUGAGAUAUCCCUGUUUGCUGUCCACCGCUCCUCUCUGGAGAACCCAGAGCGUGAUGAGUUCGGCAUCCCUGUGCUGCCCCGGGUCCUGGACAAGCUCACGCUGUGUAUGAGCCCGGAGCGCCCCUUCACCGCCAAGGCCAGUGAGAUCACUGGCCUGAGCAGCGAGGGCCUGGCGCGGUGUGGGAAGGCCGGCUUCGACAGCGCCGUGGUACGGAUGCUGCAGGCCUUCCUGAGCCGCCAGGAGAGCCCCAUCUGCCUCGUGGCCCACAACGGCUUUGAUUACGACUUCCCCCUGCUGUGCACGGAGCUGCGGCGCCUGGGCGCCCGCCUGCCCCGGGACACCGUCUGCCUGGACACACUGCCUGCGCUGCGGGGCCUGGACCACGCUCACAGCCACGGCACGCGGGCCCAGAGCUGCAAGGGUUACAGCCUGGGCAGCCUCUUCCGACGCUACUUCCAGGAAGAGCCGAAAGCAGCCCACUCAGCUGAGGGCGACGUACACACCCUGCUCAUGGUCUUCCUGCACCGCGCUGCUGAGCUGCUUGCCUGGGCCGAUGAGCAGGCCUGCAGCUGGGCCCACGUGGAGCCCAUGUACACACCACCUGAUGGUGCAUGCCUCGAGGCCUGAGUGCCAGGGCCUCCGUGAUGCCACAACCCAGCGGGAUGAGGCCUGGUCCCUGCACCAUGGGCAGUGCCAGCCUUGACGGUUCAGCCGGGCUCUGAGGCCUGGAGCUGUCACCGGAUGAGUGCUUCACUGCCCCUGCAGCUGCCAGGCUUCCCCCUGGCCCUGGCCUCACUGGCCUGGCAGCCCUAGAACUUUCUGCCAGCCCCAGCCCCAGCCCCAGCCUCAGCCUCAGCCUCAGCCUCACCCUCAGCCUCGGCGGGCUCCCACCCCUCACUCUGUCUCUCAAUAAACAGCACUAGCACCAGCCCCUGUGGGACCCUGAGCCACCUACUUCCCCUCCUGGAGCCUCUGUCUCUGCUUCACAAAGUGGUGACAGGCUGAAGUGAUAUGAUAGGUAGGCAGAGCAGCACGGUGCCUGGCACGCUCUGGGUGCUGGAGAAUAAGGGGGCACCCCUGGCUGCACACAGGCACAUACAUGAAAAGGACCUUAAAUGUGCAAGUCAAGCGCAGAGGGCCCACUGGAGCGCAUGGGGUGACAGAGACGACGCCCAGAGGCAGGCUGGACUUUAGAGCUGACCUGAGGCACGUAGGAGAGGUGAGGUGGCCGGCACAGUGAGGGUGACACCUAGGAAGAAGUCCCUCCUGGGCCGUGUCCCUUGUGGUGCAGCCAGAGGAGGUCCAGGAGGCUGCUCCGCAAGGAGGGCAGCUUCUUGGCAGCCACCUCAGAUGGCGUUCGGGAGCCGACUAAGCUGCCUCGGGCCCCACCUGUGUCACCAAACAAGGGGACAAGUCAGGGGCAGGAUGUCCGGGAGACAGAACAGGUGAGAAGGGUAGGGUGGGUGGGGUGGCCGUGCCUGAGAGUCACUUGCAUGAUCAGAGCCUUGAGCCAGCCGGGCCCGUUCUGGGAACCCUAAGUAGGUCAGAGUGACUAGAGCCAUUGCAAUGUGCAAGGUGGCAGAAUGGUGAGGCCAGAACACAGGCAGUAGUGACCUCAGGCUGUCCUCAUUGCCCAGGCUGGCGGGCCUGGACUGACCCUGAAGGCAAUGGGGAGCCACAGACGGUUGUAAACAGGGGAGGGGCACAAUCUGAUUGCUCUUUUUACUGUAGCUGUCAGGCUGCUGUGUGGAGAAGGGACUAGAGCAGGCCUGGAAGGGGAGGGCAGCAACCGAGGGAGAGAGGAGCACAGGCACUGGGGCUCUUUGGGAGGGAGAGCUACCAGCCUGGCCAAGGACAGAAUGGCAGGAGUAGGGGAGGGUGCAACAUAGGGGAAAGACCGGCAGGGGUCUAGUUUGGGAAUGUGAUCCAUGCACUGCUGAGCUUCCUGAGGAUGGCUAGUUGGCUCCCUGCCCCGGGAGGGGACCCACCUGGGAGAGUGCCACAAGGCCAGGCCAGGGCGGGCCUUCAGUCCAGGAGCAUGCAUCAGGCAGGAGCUGAAAGAAUGGGGGGCACCAUGAAGAUUGAGGCAGCCAGGGCUCCUCAGAUCCCCAGCGCCCUGGCAGGGCUGGGUCCCCUUUAUCUGGGUGGCCAGGCUCCAGGUCACCAAUUGCUGAGUGGGUAAUGCCAAGAGGAUCCCUUCUCCCUUGGCACGCAAGCUAGGAGGGGCUCAACUCCGGGCCUGGGUAAGCAGGUUGACAGCCUGGCCUGUGGCUGCUGCCACGCCCCAGAGUGGUCUCUGGUUUCUGGGCCCUCUCACCUUUCGCAGGCCCACAUGCAGCUCCCUCAGCACUCCGUGCUCUCCUGGCCUCCCGGCAGCCUGGCCUCAGGCCCCCUGCCUGAGCCCGAGCUCAGACUGGCCCGUCCAAGCUUCCCACCUUGCACACCGCACAGGCAGGCUGAGGCCUGCCCCCUGCUGCCUGAAAGCAGUGAUGUGCUGGGAAACGGGUGGGCACUCCUAGGGACUUCUAGGGAAGUCCGUGUGGGCCUACAUGUGUGUGUCUAUUUCUCUCUCUCUCUUUACGCACACACAUACAUGUUUAUUAUAAAGGUUACUGAUAGAAAGGAUGUGAGCACAUGCUUUACAAAUAAUGAAAUCUACAAUAUAUACAAAAUAUACAAUACACUUAGAAGUUUCACAUGGCUAGUUUAUUCUCGAAAAGUCCCUCCGUUGACUUCUGCUGAACUCUUGUAUCCGUACCCUGCCAUGCUUGCAACUAAUGGACGAGUGUGGUUCCCACACAAAUGCUAGUUAAUAUUUUCAUGUAUCCUAAUGAGUAAAACAAAAGUGAAACCACAGAGAUGCAUGUUGGAACCUCACAUGUUCAUUGGUGACGUGAGCAACUCCUUUGCUGAGCUGGAUAAUAGUUUUUUAUACUGGAAAGGUAUUUGCUUUUUUUUUUUUUCUAUUCACAAUGUAAUGACUACAGACUCAAGUCUACACAGGCAAACUUUAACAGAUCAAGCCCUGGUUCAUAGUGUCUGCUGAAGUAAGAUGUGAUGACUUUUGAGUA